CAACGAAAAAGUCAACAGUGAACAUAAUCUGCAGGGCGUUCGUGAAGGUGCAUAAUCAUCUCUGUUUUGUAAAUAUCUGCGAUUUGGAAAGCUUGCCCUUGUUUCAGCGAAGAGAAAUGGUAUAACGUUUGUGCGAUUCAUCUAAUGAGGACAGCAGGAUUGACAACGACACCAUGGCACACAAGAGCUAUGCGAAAAGUAUCGACUUGCCGACCGAGAAAGCUUUUCACAACAUUUGCAAUGCAAAAAGAUUUGCAAUUGACAUUGGAGGCUCUUUGGCCAAAGUGGCAUACAGCUCCCUUGUUAAGAAAAAGUCGACUAUGGUUUUUGAUGAGCCAGAAUCAUAUGGCUCAAACAAAGGUGCCAUCUACAAUGUGUCAGAGACAGACCAGGAGUGCGUGCGCCUUCACUUUGUGAAGUUUGAAACCAAAUACAUCGAGACCUGCCUUGAUUUUAUCCAAGCAAACCUCAUCCAAUCAAAAGAAUGCAUGGUCAACAAGGUCAUCAAAGUGACAGGGGGCGGGGCUUACAAGUACACAGAUCUUGUCUCAGGAAAGCUUGGAGUGCAGGUCGACAAAGAAGAUGAGAUUGAGUGUCUCAUCGAAGGCUGCAACUUCCUGUUGAAAAACAUUCCAGAUGAAGCAUUUUCUUACAUGAGGCAUGGCAAUCCAGAGUACAGGUUCCAGGGUGUGGACUCUGACAUCUUCCCGUACCUGUUGGUCAACAUAGGGUCAGGGGUCAGCCUCUGCAAGGUGGAAUCGGAGAGCAAGUUUGAGAGGAUUGGAGGAACGUCCAUGGGGGGUGGAACUUUCUGGGGCAUGGGUUCACUGCUCACAUCUGCAAGGGAAUUUGAUGAGCUCCUGGAGCUGGCUGAGCAAGGUGACCACAAGUCUGUGGACAUGCUGGUCAAAGACAUCUAUGGUGGGAACUACGGGGCUAUUGGCCUGGGUGCUGAUGUCAUCGCUAGCAGCUUUGGCAAGGCAGCCCGCUCUCCAAGAGACACAUCAGUGCAACAAUUCAAGAAAGAAGACGUGGCUCGCAGUCUACUCUUGUGCAUUAGCAACGACAUCGGGCAGAUUGCCUACCUUCAGGCCAAGCUGCACGGGGUGAAAAAGAUUUAUUUUGGUGGUUUCUUCAUACGCGGCCACCCGUUCACAAUGCAUACCAUGACGUUUGCCAUCAAUUUCUGGUCAAAGGGAGAAAUCCAAGCACUGUUUCUUCGCCACGAAGGGUACCUGUGUGCCAUUGGAGCUUUUCUAAAGGGCAUGGAGGAAGAAGAUGCUGAACGCUAUUCUUGGGGUGAGAACCUGGCCGGCAGUUCUGGACUUCAGAGUCCAAAGCACACCAGUGCUUCUUACAUGCAGAAAAUGUCUAUGGAUUUUGCCAUGCUGGAAAUCAACCGUCUAGACCGACCUCUCCUCCCUUGCCCUCUUCUGCUGGACGUUAGCAGUUACCUGCCGGACACAGUAGACUUGAUGCAGGAUGGAGACGCCCGGGAGUAUUGGCUCAGCUGCUUCGCUGACAGCGCUCAUAAAACAAGAGACCUGGCUGCCAAAAGUCAGCUUCAUGAACCUGAUGCAGAGGAACGUGCCAACUUAUUCUUGGAGAAAUAUUUGGACCGCCUCCAGUCUCUAAAGCAGAACCCUGGUGCUUUCGGUUCUCUGACGGUGAGGAACCUCUUGGACACAAGCACACACUUUUUAGAGGAGUCUCAGUUUACAGAUACUUUCUCCCAGCAAAAGCAGAUAGAGAAUGAACAGGCCUUACAGCAGCUUGCCUCUCGCCUCAAGUACCUCGAUGGGCUCGAACCCGCACAGCGCCACCUGGAGCUAGCUAUGGGUGUCCUGGCAGGCAAUGUCUUUGACUGGGGAGCUAAAGAAAUUCGAGAAAUUCUGGAGGUUCAGGAGUUUGGUCUUCAGGAUGCUCAAGCAAAACUGCAAAAGAGGCCAUGGCUGUUUGACGACUUUGAUGCCUGGCUGGAUCGCCUAACCAACCGACAGCCGUACCGCUGUGCUGUGAUCUUCUGUGACAAUUCCGGUGUGGACAUCAUCUUGGGGAUUCUGCCGUUUGCCCGACAGCUCCUUUUGAUGGGCACCAAUGUGAUUCUUUGUGCCAACUCUCACCCGAGCUUGAAUGAUGUGGUGUACACGGAGAUGCUGCUCAUUGCCAAGAAGGUCUCCGAGGUGUGUCCCGUGCUGCGCCAGGCCUUGGAGCAAGAGCGUUUCCGCAUCAUGGAGUCGGGGCAGGCUUCCCCGUGUCUGGAUCUCAGGUUAAUUGACGAAGCACUUGUGGUUGCCAUAAAGGAGCUAGAGGCAGACCUGAUAGUCAUCGAAGGUAUGGGCCGAGCCGUGCACACUAACUUCCACGCUGCUUUCGCCUGUGAUUCUCUGAAAGCGGCGGUGAUCAAGAACAAGUGGCUGGCCAACCGGUUUGGCGGGGAGAUGUUCAGCGUCAUGUUCAAGUACGAGCGGGCUCGCUGCAUUUCCUCCUCUAGUUCAUCCUCCGCCUCUCUUACGUCGUCCCCGGGAAAGAGAUAGCACUAUUUAUACAAACACGUACACAUUGUGUUUUCAAGCGAGGUUUUUGUUGUCAUGUGCAUUGCAGUGCUUUUAGAUCAAGUGAGUGGUUUUCCCAGAGAUAAAUUUAGUGUCUACAAGUGGCUGUCUUAGAAUUACAAAGCUCUAGUUCUAUCCGACAUUUUUGGACGUUUUGAGUUGCUAUGACCAUGAGGUGAGAAACCAAAUGUAGUGAGAAUGAAUGACAAA